AUGGACAUGGACGCGAGCCAAACCUGGCCGCCCCCAACCCCCUCGCCGCCGCCCUUCUCCUCCCGGCCCCACGCGUCGCCGUCCCCGCACCGCCGGCGCCGCCGGCACUCCAAGAAGCACAAGCCCCCGCCCGCGCCCGCGCCUGCGCCGACGCCGCAGGGUGCGGACUUCUCCGCGCUCCCGCCGGAGCUCGUCCACCGGGCCCUCGCGGCCGCGUGCGCCUCCGACGUCGCGGCGGCCAGCCGAGCGUGCCGCGCGUGGCGGGACGCGCUGCGGCCGCUCCGCGAGGCCGCGGCGCUGCACGCGUACGGCCGACGCGUCAAGCACGGCCUCGUGGCGGGAUCCGCUGCCUCACGCGGGGCCGGAGGGGAACGUCUCGAGACGGAGAGGCAGCGCGCGCUGGGGCUGUUCCGGCGGGCCGCGAGGCUGGGCUCCGCGGCGGCGAUGGUGGACGCGGGGCUCAUGUGCUGGGAGGAUGGGCGGCGGGAGGAGGCCGUCGGUUACUACCGGAGCGCGGCGGACCUGGGGCAUCCAGUUGGGAUGUGCAACCUUGGAGUCUCCUACCUCGAAGCUGAUCCACCCAAGGCCGAGGAAGCCAUUAGAUGGUUUUAUCCAUCAGCAUCUGCAGGCAAUGCUCGUGCUCAAUACAACCUAGGCCUUUGCUUGCAGAAUGGGAAGGGUGUCAAGCGGAAUCAGAAGGAAGCUGCAAAAUGGUAUUUGCGAGCUGCAGAGGGAGGGAAUGUACGAGCCAUGUAUAACAUUUCCUUGUGUUACAGCUAUGGUGAAGGGCUUUCACAGGAUCCAGUGCGUGCUAAGAGGUGGCUUCAACUAGCUGCUGAUUGUGGUCACAAGAAAGCUCUUUAUGAGUGUGGUAUUAAACUUUGUGCGGCAGGAGACAAGGUCAAGUCUCUCAUGUAUCUGGAGUUGGCAACACGGCGUGGAGAAACUGCUGCUGCCCACAUGAGAGAUGUAAUAUUUGAAUCGCUCUCAGUUGUGAAUGCACAGCGUGCCAUGUCGGAUGCUGAUAAAUGGAAGCCUAGGACACUCCAUCCUAGAAGGUGA